GGGCGGGCGAGGGUAUUGGAGGCCAGAGAAGAGAGAGUGAACGAAGUCAGCCGUGUGCAGCAAUCUGGGCGCGCUGUCGGAACUGUUGAUUCCGCGUCUCGCCUUUGUGGUGUAUCCACCCCCAACCCCACGCUUGGCGGGAAGUCGCCGACAGCCCGGAGCACGCCAUCAAAACUUGUCAAACUACUGCUGCUGCUGAAAACGCGCGCCAAAUCGCUGGCCGCUGUUUUGCUGUAGAGGCGUGGUGCCGACGGGGCGUGAAUCGAAAGCGCGAUGAGUUUUCUCAGGCACUUCGAUCCGUCGAAGAUUCCUCGAACGAGGGUGGAGCUCCAUCUUCAUUUAGAUGGGUCCAUACGACUGGAGACAAUAUGGGAACUUGCACACAAAAAGAAGAUUGACCUCGGCUGUUCUUCGAUAGCUGCUCUGAGAUGGCGGCUCCAGAAAGUGGAGUCAUCGUCACUGAAGGACUUUCUCGACCGCUUCUCAAUAUUUAUGCCAACAGUCGUUGGUGACUUGGAAGCAAUUGAACGCAUCGCGUAUGAGCUAUGCGAAGAUCAGGCACGAGAAGGUGUCGCAUACUUUGAGGCACGCUACUCACCGCACCUGCUGGCCUCAAAGGACAAGGGUGUGACAGCGGCGCUGGUCAUCAAAGCGGUUAGCCGGGGCCUUGAAAGGGGAGAGCAAGACUUCGGUGUCAAGGCUCGGUCUAUACUGGUCUCUGUCUGGGGAAAUGACGAAUGGACCAUUGACUGUUUGAGACUUUGUGAGGAGCACAGCGGCAUUGGGGUUGUCGGAAUUGAUGUGGCAAAGGAUGAAGUGCAGACUCCUGGCUAUACAACUGUUGAGGCACAGGUCUAUCAGAGAGCAAAGCAGGUGGGUGUACCAAGGACAGCCCAUGCUGGUGAGAGCGGCACCUACAUGACGGUGCGCGACGCCAUCCUCAAGCUCGCCUGCGACCGUGUGGGUCAUGGAUACCGCAUUUUUCAAGAUCCAACUGGUGAGACGUACCAGUUGGCUCGCAAGCAGAACAUUCAUUUCGAAGUCUGUCCCUACUCCAGUGUUCUCUCUGGAGGCUGUCCACUGAGCACCCAGAGGCACUCAAUAGUUCGCUUUGCUGAGGAUAAUGUUAACUUCUCCAUCAACAAGGAUGACAGCACAAUCACGGGAAGCACACUGGAUGACGAGUAUGCGUUUCUUAAACAACUCGGUCUGACUGAAGCCCACUUGAUAAGAGCGAAUAUAAAUGCUGCACGAUCGUGUUUCCUGCCUCAUACGGAAAAGGAAGAUCUCCUUCAGCAUCUCUUCAGGGAAUACGGAAUUUCAUCUAAGACAGUGGCUUGAAUGCAAUAAAGUGUCUGUUUAACUCGUUUGCCAUUC